GUGACAGCCUCGUGAUGUUCGGAAUCCGCAGGGCAUCUUGUUGUGCCCCUCGGGUACGACUUUCUACCCCCGCGACCUUGAAUCAAUGUCGGUAUAUAUCGAAGGCGUCUCCGCCACCCUUGGCAUUCGUCUUCGACAUAGAUGGUGUCUUCGUACACGGUCCGAGUGUCAUCCCUGCUGCCUCGAAGGCUGUUGCCAUGCUCGAGGGAAAUAACCCUUUCGGAUCUCGCAUACCCUUUCUUCUUCUCACUAACGGUGGUGGCGUCUCCGAGUCCAUCCGGGCUAAGAAACUGACGGAGCAACUUGGAACAAAGAUUGACAACCAACAAAUCCUCCAAGCGCAUACUAUCCUCAAGACCAAGGCCUCGCAGUACGCCGACAAGCCCAUCUUGGUUCUCGGUGGAAAAGGCAACGAGUGUCGCGAGGUUGCGGAGGAGUACGGCUACAAGCACGUUUACACCACCCUCGACGUGCACAACUGGAAUCACGCCGUGUGGAACUUCCACGACCAGACUGACUUCGAGCGAGCUGCGGCGAGGAAAGGCCUCGACUUUUCGCAAAUACCCAUCCACGCUGUCUUCGUAUUCCACGACCCGAGGAACUGGGCGCUAGAUAUCCAAAUCCUCCUCGACAUCGUCCAGUCCGGCGGCAUCAUCGGCGGCCCGCACCUCUCCCCGAAGCAGCAAGUAGAGAACCCCAUCGAAAUCGUCUUCUGCAACCCGGACCUUAUCUGGAAGAGCGACUUUGCGAGACCAAGGAUCGGGCAGGGGGCGUUUAGGGAGGCGUUCCAGGCGGUGUACAAAUCCCUCACCGGCUUGAAUUAUCCCUACGUGCAAUACGGCAAACCGACGGAGGCGACGUACAAGUUCGCCGAGAAGGUCCUAGUUGACCGACUCGAGAAGCUGUAUGGCAUACGUAGUGCGCUGCCGCCGGUGUACAUGAUUGGUGAUAACCCCGAAUCUGACAUCGCCGGCGCCAACGGCGCGAACUGGAACUCUGUCCUCGUCCACACGGGCGUGUACGACCCCGAGGAGGGCCCGCCGCGGCACCGGCCGACGCAUAUUGCGGAGGACGUGGCGGAGGCGGUGGAGUGGGCGAUCAAGCGGGAGCAUGCAAGGGUGAAGGGGGGCGGGAGGCAGCCGUGAGCGCGGAUGAAUACACGACUAGACUAGCAAGAAUCAGGCGCGGUGAGAGCCUGAUCCAUCUACCUGAUCACCAUAGAUUCCUGCUAGAAUACACAACACGCAUUCGCCUAUCCAUUCAGCUAGGCCACCCCACCGUCCCUGCUCAAUAUACACCUUCAACACAAACACGGCAAGUGCAGCGUAAUCAUCGUAC